AAAUGUAAGCAAGAUGACUGAAUGAUCAAAAGCAAUGUCAAAACUGGCCAAAACACUCAAUUUCAGUGGGGGUUGAAUAAUUUUGGCCACAACUGUAGAUCUGAAUAUUGAUCAAUCCUGAAAAUGUCAGAACAGUACAGAUAUCCCCCAAAUGUCAGGACGGUACAGAUAUCCCCCAAAUGUCAGGACGGUACAGAUAUCCCCCAAAUGUCAGAACGGUACAGAUAUCCCCCAAAUGUCAGGACAGUACAGAUAUCCCCCAAAUGUCAGAACAGUACAGAUAUCCCCCAAAUGUCAGGACAGUACAGAUAUCCCCCAAAUGUCAGGACAGUACAGAUAUCCACCCAAAUGUCAGAACAGUACAGAUAUCCCCCAAAUGUCAGAACAGUACAGAUAUCCCCCAAAUGUCAGGACAGUACAGAUAUCCCCCAAAUGUCAGAACAGUACAGAUAUCCCCCAAAUGUCAGGACAGUACAGAUAUCCCCCAAAUGUCAG